AUGGGCGCCACCGUUCUUCAUCUGGAAAUCUCUGGUGGAGGGGCGCCGCUUCUGUUACCGCCUGAGGUGUUUGGAUCCGAAACCCUUUACAGCUUAUAUAUGGUGAAUUGCGAAAUCGAUCGAGGGGUUGAAGGAAAGGUGAGCUUCUCUUCACUUAAAUCUCUCAAUUUAUCCAAGGUGUUGGUUGAAGGUGAUACGAUUUGGGAUAUAAUCAGGAGCUGCCCACUGAUUGAGCAGUUGAUACUGUCCGAAUGCGCGUGUUUGGAAUAUCAGAAGGGAAGUCGUGGAAAAACUAUCAAUUUCAUGCUGUUUUGGGCCGCUGAUUUACAGGCAGACCUAUCCGUACCAGUUUCGUGGCCUCAUGCGCUUGUAUUUGGAGAUGGUUGA